GGGUUAAGAAAGCAGCUGUGAAUUCUGGGAACUGUAGUUUGCAGCAAAGGGUCUUUAGGGGAUGUUCUCAUUCUUUAAAAGCUGGCAGCGGAAGAACUGAUGGCUGAUCAAGUGCUUGUGAUUGGCAGUGGAGGCAGGGAGCACGCUCUGGCCUGGAAGUUAACACAGUCUCCGCAUGUAAAACAAGUGCUUGUUACUCCAGGAAAUGCAGGAACAGCUGGAGAUGGGAAAAUUUCCAAUUCAGUCAUUUCAAUUGAUGACCACAUUGCCCUUGCCCAGUUCUGCAGAGACCAUGAGAUCAGACUUGUGGUGGUUGGCCCAGAGGUUCCCCUUGCUGCUGGAAUUGUUGAUGACCUGACAGCAGCUGGAGUAAGAUGCUUUGGUCCAACAGCAAAGGCAGCUCAGCUAGAGUCCAGUAAAAGCUUUUCCAAAGCUUUUCUGGAUAGGCAUGGGAUCCCAACUGCACGAUGGAAAGCCUUCACCAGUCCUAAAGAAGCAUGCAGCUUUAUUACCAAUGCAGACUUUCCUGCCCUGGUUGUAAAAGCUAGUGGCCUGGCUGCUGGCAAAGGGGUAAUUGUGGCUUCUAACAAAGAGGAGGCUUGCAAAGCUGUACAUGAAAUCAUGCAGGAUAAGACAUUUGGAGCUGCUGGGGAAACUGUUGUUGUUGAAGAACUUCUUGAAGGAGAAGAAGUUUCGUGCUUGUGCUUCACUGAUGGCAUAACAGUUGCCCCUAUGCCACCAGCCCAGGACCACAAACGGUUAAUGGAUGGAGAUGAGGGUCCAAACACUGGAGGGAUGGGAGCUUAUUCCCCAGCACCACAGAUUUCCAAAGACUUACUCCUGAAAAUAAGAGAUACUAUUCUUCAGAGAACAGUGGAUGGGAUGAAAAAAGAAGGAGUUCCAUAUACUGGUGUGCUCUAUGCUGGAUUGAUGCUUACUAGGGAUGGGCCUAAGGUUUUAGAGUUUAACUGCAGGUUUGGUGACCCAGAAUGUCAGGUAAUUCUUCCACUACUGAAAAGUGAUUUGUAUGAAGUCAUGCAGGCAACAAUCAAUACAGAAUUGUCUAGUUCCAUGCCUGUUUGGUUUGAAGACAGUGCAGCUGUGACUGUGGUCAUGGCUAGUGAAGGUUAUCCAGGAACUUAUGCCAAGGGCUUGGAAAUAACAGGUCUUUCUAAGGCUAAAGAGCUAGGGCUGGAAGUGUUCCAUGCAGGCACGGCAAUAAAGGAUGGCAAGGUAGUGACUAAUGGCGGAAGAGUCCUUACAGUAACAGCUAUUAAGGAAGAUCUGAUGUCAGCACUGGAGGAAGCCAACAAAGGAGUAGCAACCAUACAGUUCAAAGGCGCCGUUUAUAGAAAAGACAUUGGUUAUCGGGCCAUUGCUUUCCUCAGACAUUCCAGAGGCUUGACUUACAAAAACAGCGGGGUAGACAUCGCAGCUGGCAAUACUUUGGUUCAGAAAAUUAAACCCUUAGCAGCAGCCACCUCAAGGUCAGGUUGCAAUGCAGAACUUGGAGGAUUUGCUGGUCUCUUUGACUUGAAAGCAGCUGGCUAUGAAGAUCCUAUCUUGGUAUCUGGAACUGAUGGCGUUGGAACAAAGCUCAAGAUUGCACAGGUGUGUAAGAAACAUGACACCAUCGGUCAAGACUUGGUUGCCAUGUGUGUCAAUGACAUCCUGGCUCAGGGAGCAGAGCCCCUCUUCUUCCUCGACUAUUUUGCCUGUGGUAAACUUGAUGUUGAAGUGGCUCAAGCUGUCAUAGCAGGAAUAGCUGAGGCUUGUAAAAAGGCAGGAUGCGCUCUCUUAGGGGGUGAGACUGCUGAAAUGCCUGGGAUGUAUUUGCCUGGAGAGUACGACCUUGCUGGCUUUGCAGUGGGUGCAGUGGAACGAGGACAGAUGCUCCCUCAGCUGGAGAGAAUUACUGAUGGGGAUGCAGUCAUUGGAAUAGCUUCCUCUGGGGUUCACAGCAAUGGGUUUAGCCUUGUCAGAAAGAUUGUAGAAAAGUCAUCUUUAGAUUUCUCCUCUCCAGUCAGUGGCUCUGGUGACCAGACUUUAGGAGAGCUACUGUUAACCCCAACUAAGAUCUACAGUAAGACACUGUUGCACGUUCUUCGUUUGGAGCAUGUUAAGGCCUAUGCCCACAUAACUGGAGGGGGUUUGCUGGAAAACAUCCCUCGAAUCCUCCCAGCCUCUUUGGGUGUUGUUUUAGAUGCUCGUAGCUGGAAGAUGCCUGAAAUUUUUUCCUGGCUUCAUAACGAGGGGAAUCUUUCAGAAGAAGAGAUGGCUCGAACAUUUAACUGCGGCAUUGGUGCCAUCUUGGUGGUACAGAAGGAGAUGGUUCAGCAAGUUUUAAAAGAUGUACAGAGACAUGAGGAAGCCUGGGUGAUUGGAAGAGUUGUCUCCGUAUGCACAGACUCUGCCUGUGUUAAGGUCAAUCAUCUGAUGCAGGCCCUACAAGCAAACAGGUCAUUGUCUUUGCACAGCCAUAUCCAAGGCAAAAUGCAAACAAACAAAGUGAAGGUUGCUGUCCUCAUCUCUGGAACAGGAACAAACCUUGAAGCCCUGAUAACCAGCACAAAGAAGCCCACCAGCUAUGCACAAAUAGUCCUUGUUAUUUCAAACAAAGCAGGGGUGGAAGGGUUGAGAAAAGCUGAAAGAGCUGGUAUUGCUACAAAAGUUAUUGACCAUAAACUGUAUGCAAGUCGCACAGAAUUUGAUAAUGCAGUUGAUAAAGUUCUUGAAGAAUUUUCAGUUGAACUGAUCUGUCUUGCAGGAUUUAUGCGAAUUUUAUCUGGUCCUUUUGUCAAAAAGUGGGACGGAAAAAUACUGAAUAUCCACCCAUCCUUACUGCCUUCUUUUAAGGGAGCAAAUGCCCAUAAAUUAGUAUUAGAAGCUGGAGUCCGGGUCACUGGCUGUACUGUGCACUUUGUAGCCGAGGAAGUUGAUGCUGGGGCUAUAAUCUUCCAAGAGGCUGUUCCAGUGAAGGUUGGAGACACAGUGGAGACCUUAUCAGAAAGAGUAAAAGAAGCUGAACACAGAGCCUUUCCUGCUGCCCUCCAGCUUGUGGCCAGUGGGGCAGUGCAGGUAGGAGAAGCUGGCAGAGUCUGCUGGAAGUAGGAAUAAUGCAGUUGAGAAGGCUCCUGGACAUGAAAAUGGAAAACAUGGAACAGGUCUACUAAAAGGAACAAAUCAAAAUGGAGAACAGAACCUAACAAGCACGACUGCUUUUAUUCUGUUCGUGAAGUGCGUUAUAGUGUAGGAUCUCCUAGGUCAUACCAGCAGGAUUUCUACAUCCUCUUUCAAGUGCCUAAAGAUCUCAACAGAAGACACAAGGGAAAGCCAGAAAUGGGGAGGGAAGAGGGAGGUUCCCACUUGCUGGGGCUUGUAGCUGAUAAUGGGGACCAUCAUAACUUAAUUAUCAAUGCUUUGUCUGCCACUUUUCACAUCACUUCACCUGACUCUGUUAGUCCCAUUUAUCAGUCAAAGAAUCCAAGGGAGCUAAGCACCUCAGAGGUGCUUCAGAAAAGGAUCAUAUCAAUUAAAGCCUGUUAGUCCAUAAUAGUUGACAGAUUUUUGGCAGUUUUAGCUCUUCUGUCAGAUUUGUUAAUUUGUGCUGUAAGAAGUGUUUCAGAAUAAACCAUGGAGCCAGUAAACUAAAGGGUGGUACCCAAGUUAGUGAUGGAGAGACAAGACAAGACGAGACGCGAUCCUAGCCAGAGAAGACUAUGCUUAAAGAAACUAUACUAAAAGAUUUCUCUACUGCAACAUGGGUUUUUUAGGCCAAAUUAUUCUACCUAGACUGUAGAUGAUGGAGCUGCUAUCUGGCAGAAGUCACACAGCAUUCUUAACAUCCAGGGGGAAUACAGAUAUGAAAUGGGAAUGCUAAGGGAAGCUUGGAGUCAAAGGGGUUUAUUUACUUUGAAAUGUUUUCCUGUGCUUGGUAAUCUUUAUGUGAAAUUCUUUAAAUCUAGUCUUUGCAGAUCCACGUGUUCUGA